AAUUUGAAACUCAGUUCGGGCAGCCUUCGGAGUAGCACCUGCUGCUCCAAGCAGCUUUCAGCAUGAUGGUGUUUGCAUUUUGGAAGGUCUUUCUGAUCUUAAACUGCCUUGCAGGUCAGGUCAGUAUGGUGCAAGUGACCAUCCCAGACAGUUUCGUGAAUGUCACUGUUGGAUCUAAUGUUACUCUUCUCUGCCUCUACACCACCACGGCACCAUCCCCGGACACGCUUUCCAUCCAAUGGUCUUUCUUCCACAAUAAGGAAAUGGAGCCAAUAUCCCAUGGCUCGCACCCCAAAACUGAGGGUAUGGAGGAAAAGGCAGUCAGUCAGUGUCUAAAAAUGAUGCAUGCAAGAGACGCUCGGGGAAGAUGUAGCUGGACCUCUCAGAUCUACUACUCUGAAGGUGGACAGGCUUCAGGUAUUGGGCAAUUCAAGAAUCGAAUAAUAGGGGCUACCAAUCCUGGUAAUGCAUCUAUCACCAUACUGCAUAUGCAGCCAGCAGACAGUGGAAUUUACAUCUGUGAUGUCAACAAUCCUCCAGAUUUUGUCGGCAAAAACCAAGGCAUCCUUGACGUCACUGUCUUAGUCAAACCUUCCAAGCCCUUUUGUACCAUCCAAGGAAGACCAGAAGCAGGCUAUCCUAUUUCCUUGUCUUGCCUUUCUGCCUUUGGAACACCGUCUCCUGUGUAUUACUGGUAUAGGAUUGAGGGGAACACCAUUGUGCCAGUAAAAGAAAGCUUCAACUCAGCCACUGGAGUUUUGGCUAUUGGAAAUCUAACAAAUUUUGAACAAGGUUAUUACCAGUGUACUGCCAUCAACAGUCUUGGCAAUAGUUCCUGUGAAAUUGACUUAACCUCUUCACAUCCAGAAGUAGGAAUCAUCAUCGGAGCCUUGGUCGGUGCACUGACAGGAGUGGCUAUCAUCAUCUGUGUGGUGUACUUUGCCAGGAACAAAGUUAAAUCCAAGCAAAAGAAGAAGUUAAAUUCCAGCACUGAACUUGAGCCAAUGACAAAGGUACAGCAUUCCCGACAAAAUGAGGCAAUUCCAGUUGAUAGCAUCCAGCUAGCAGGAACUUUGCCAUCUCCCAUCCAUGCUGGCCACAACACCGAACCUACUACUAUUACAGUCUUGGAGCCAGAAUAUGAGCCUAAUCCCCCUCUGGAAACUGCCACACAGCCUGACCCUGAACCAGAGGGUUCAGUGCCAGUGCCAGUGCCAGUGCCUGAGGCAGAGGUUCAUCUGCAGCCAGAGCUGGAGCUGGACCCGGAGACAGAGACAGAGCCUGAGCCGGAACAGGAGCCUGAGCCGGAACAUGAGCUUGAACCCGACCCCCAGUCUGGAAUAAUAGCUGAGCCUAUGCAUGAGGAGGAAAAGAAUACAGUUAAGGCAUAGACAGGCAUGGCAUUAAGUAUGGUGGUUCCCACUAAAGAACCCAUUCCUGGCUUUUAAAAUUUGGUGGACUUAACCAGCCCCCAGUUUGUCCAUCCAUCAUGGACAACCCUCAUCCAACAACAUGCGUAUUCCAACCAUUAAUCCAAAAUAAAGAAAUCAAGGUAACUACUAAAGAAAUGCCGUGGUUUCUGCCUUUUUAGUAUAGGUUACCUAAAACUGUACUAAUAUGUAACCUAACAAAUGAUAAGGCCAAGACAAGUUGUUCAUUUCUAAUUUACUUGGAAGAGUAUUUGCAAAAGUAUAUUCUGUAUUUUAUAGUAAUUUUUUGGUCAUGGAUCACAUGUACAUAUCCUAAGAUAAGGUUAAUUUGAUUGAAUAUUAAUUUUGGGAUUGGUUGUCUUUCCUGUUCCUUUUCUUUUGUAUUUACCACUGAGAAAAAAAUGUUUGCACCAUUGGUCCAUAAAUUAGAAAAAAAAUCAUUUCCCCCAAAUAAGGUAUGUAUCAAUUGGUACAUAUAAUUGAUAACAAAGUCUUAUAAUUUAUCAUAUUAGAUCUUUAAUAAAUCACUUCAGUGUCCAACAUUGAACAUAGCAUUUUUAUAACUUAUUUUUCACUACCUAAUGGUGCACAAGCAAACAAUUUAGAAUAAACCUUUUCUUUGGUGAGCAUAAAGUGUUGGUAUUGGGGGGCAAUUCAGAAUAUACCUUUGAAUAAGAUAUGUAUUACUGUUGGAUGGUAUCUGUUUUAGCAGUAGACUGGGAUGGUUUUCCAGAUGAACACUUUGGUCUACUUUAGAUAAUCUGAACUGGCAAUUUAAGUACUCUGUGUUACUGUAUCUAUAGUCCAUGUUAAUAGAAAUAUUACUUUUACAUAAGUGAUAAACAGAAAGUGAAUACAUUGAUAAAAUCCUUUCGUCACUUUAAAAAGGCUUUUUCACAGUCAUGUUUCACCGAAUCCCACUCUGAAGAAAUUUGCAUGUAGAUUUAUUUUUUAACUUAUGUAAUCAAUCAUAUUUGAAAUAUAAUUUUAAGGCUCAAUAAAUAAUCCUCAAUAAAAUCUCAUUUAGUGACUACUAAGAUAGAGUCUUUAAUAAGUAAUUUUAUUUUCAUGUAAUUUAUGUACUAUAAGCUGUAUCCAUUUUAACUGUAUAAUUUGGUGAGUUUUGACAGUUGUACACACCCAUGAAAUCACCAUACCUAUGUAGAAGUAGAUGGUUUUCACCAGCCCAUAGUGCUUCCUCAUGUCCCCUUUUACAAUUCCACUGUGCCCUGGACCAAGAUGAUCAUUGAUCUGUUUUCCAUUUCUAAACAUUAGCUUUUCCUUUUCUGACCUUUAUAUGAAUGGUAUCCUAUGGUGCAUACUUUUGUAUCUGACUUUCUUCUCAAGUAAAUACUUUUCAGU